CAGAGAUUUAACUAUAACGGACAUGCAAGUGAUUUUCAGUGUGCUGUGAAAAUUCCGAAGAAACGGUUCGGUGUCAGUGGACAUGUAGAAGCAAAUUACUUAUUUGCGGCGUGCAGUGAACUUUCGAACAAACAGUCGAAUAUAAGCAGGAAUGGAUCAAACGAUACAAAGCAAAUAUAUUCCACAGCAAUUAUUAUAUUUUAUUGCUGGUCGUCGGUGCUGUCAACAAUUUUCUUGCACGUUCCGAACGUCUGAGCACUCUGUACUUAUAAAUGCAGCGCGUGCGCUGGGUCUGCGAUCACAGUUGGUUCUAAGUCAUGGACAGGAAUGUGUGAAGGUUUAUAGGCAAACAUGCAAUCAUUAUUUGGAAGAGCCAAAAUCGUUGACUUUGGCGCCAUCCAGUGUAAUGAGUAUGUUUACAUUAUUUGCACGCCUAAGCGUCGGGGGAAAGGAUGAUGAUUGUGUGGCCAAUCGCUGGACUAUUCAAGCACCAUCGCAUUAUAUGUCGCUUCCAGGUCUGAUUCAAUUAGAUGCAAAGAUCAGAUCCAGCAAGCGCUUUACAAAUGCUUUAAAUAACUCGCGCGCCAACGAAAUCCUCGAUUCAAUUAAUGCUCAUCGCGUGACCGUGUUCGAUGGCAAUCUUUCUUUGGAUAAAUCCACAUUAUUUCCGCUAAUCAUUUUAAAGGAUUUCAACUCGCAGAAUAAAAAUGCUCGUAUAAUUUGUAUUGAAGAAGAGGAAAUUGUAGCGAUAUAUAAUUGUGAGCGUUUCGCCGAAUGCUUGGGCGAAAAUAUUGGAGAAACUGUGGGAAUCCAGCUUCCACUGAACAAUAAUAUUAGCUCUGGAACGCAAGUUGUCUACACGACUGCCCAAUACUAUCUACGAACUUUGUUUAACAAGAACUCCAACAAUAAACUCAAUAAAAUUUCACAUUUUGUUGUAAACGAUGUACAUCUGCACGCUCCAUAUACUGACAUUUUGCUAUAUGAACUAAAGCAAGCAUUAUCUAUGGAACAGAAUCUGAGAAUCAUAUUGCUAUCGCAGGCAGGCGACUCAAAGCAAUUUGUGAAUUAUUUUGGUGAAGGCUCAAAUUUUCUUAUAAAGACCUCAAAUAUGUUUAAGCUCAACAUUUCAUAUUUGGAAGACAUCCAGCAGAGCAUUGCCACGGAAACUAUUGAAAAAGGUCCGGAGGUUUACAAAAAUCAACGACAAAUGUUUAGAAAUAAAAAUCAGAGGAAUAUUCAGUUGGAUAAAUGUCUGCAGGCAUACGAGGAAAUUGGCACGGAUGUGGCCAUCCGUCCAUUGCUCUACGCAAUCAACUAUGAACUGGUGCCAGUGGACUAUCAGCAUUCAGUUACUGGGAAGACAGCUCUCUAUAUAUCUGCCCAACUGGGAAAGGUGCAUCAUCUGCGAUUGCUGCUGUUCAUGGGUGCCAAUCCAAAUAUCGUGAACGAAUGUCAUGAAAACGCUAUAACUAUUGCUGCUGCUAAUGGACAUAACGAGUGCCUUGAUAUUCUUAACAAUUUCUGUCUCCAUGGAUACGUUGCGAAGAACGCAAAGCCGCAAUUUGUAGAUUUCGAUAUAAUAGUGGACUUAAUAUAUCUCAUAUAUGCUAAACGCCGCUUUUCACCUGGAAACAUAUUGAUCAUAUUGCCGACUUAUUAUCAUUUAGUUAAACUCAACUAUAUGCUGUUGAGUAAUUUUUUAACAGGAAAUUUGCAAGAGUUUUCCAUUCUCUUGCUGCACAAGGACAUGGACAAAGAGUAUUUGCACUCUCUGACAAAAUCUCAAACAAAGACAUGCAAAAUUGUCUUGGCUACAGAUAUAGUCGAAUCACUGCCGAUUCCAAUAACAUUUCAAUAUCUAAUAGAUACAGCAUGCCAGAUGAAGCCAAUAUAUGAUGGGAUCAGCAAUAGCACUGGGGAGCGUUAUGAAUGGGCAGCAAAAGAUAGUCUUUUGAGAAGACAAUUGUUACUUGAUAACGGCAUCGAUAAAGCUUUUAGUGAAAAAUAUUGUUUUCGUCUAAUGUCAAGAGAAAUCUUCGAAACGCUGAACGAGUUUAGCCAACCGCCGAUGCAGACAAUGCAAUUGGACAAAAUCUGCUUGACUGUCAAGUUAUUGUGUCCCACUGUAUGUAUUAGUGAAUAUUUGGCAUAUACUAUUGCGCCGCCUCCCCCCUUAAGUAUCCACCAAACUGUGGCGUUCCUGAAGAAGAUUGAAGUAUUGGAAGAAUCGGAGGCUGCGACGCUGCUUGGCUGUCGUUUGAUAGAUUUACCCGUCUCUUGUCAACUGGGCAGAACUUUAGUCUUUGGCAUUUUACUGCAAUGUUUGGAUCCUAUAUUGACCAUUGUCAGCUCGCUGUGCACAGCAGAUCCAUUGAGUCUGCCCUUCAGCGAAGAUAUUGACUCCAAGUGGAAUAAAUUUACAAUUUAUAUACAGAAUUGUAUCAAAGAAGAACGUGCUCGUUUGGCAGAGGGUCAUUUAUCAGAUCACAUAAUCUUUGUACAUAUUUUCCAAGAAUGGCAAGCAAACUUCCAAAAUGAAAAUUUGUCCCUGUGCCUAACCGACGAAUAUGAUUUCGUGCGCAAUGGCCUUAUGGAGCAGGUGAACCUGAAGCGCAUCAAAAUUAUUAACUCCUUGCGAGCUUCCCAUUUGAUACACAGCAAUGGCCAACUCUGUUUUCAAAGCAUUAACAUGCAAUCGAAGAAUUGGCCUAUGGUUAAAGCUGCUCUGACCGCCGGCAUGUAUCCCGAUAUUUGUGCUGUGGAUCAGAAGCGUAAUACUCUGCAUUCUUGUCAAUCAGCAAAUGUUUAUUUGCAUUCGAAUUCAAUUUUUCGCAAGUUUUUAGAACCAUUCCAAACAACUGCCCAUUGGCUCGUCUGCACGAAGCAAAAAAAUAUUAUCAGAUAUGCAACUGCUGUGAGUCCAUUGGCUGUGGCUAUUUUUUCGGGCUCCGAAAACUUGAGCUAUAGCCAUAGUGCAGAGGUAUUAUCGCCAGCUAAAACGGACGUUAACUUUUUUAUAGACGAAUGGAUCUGGUUGAUCGUAUCGAAAUUUGAUUUUGAUCUUGUAAUGAAAAUACGUCAAGAGUUCUUCAAAGCCUAUCAAUAUUUUCUAAGAUAUUGCUGCGCAUUGGACAAAUGGCGAAAUGACGCUAGAGAUCCGUUGAAGGUUUUAUUCUUCGAAACGUUAACUAAAAUAUUGGAGAUUGAAGACGAUGCUGCCGGAUUUCUGCACUGUUCCAGCUUUGGGCUUCGACCGACUUUCAAAUUACCCUAUCACUAUUUGCAGCGGAUCAAUUCACACUUCACCUGGCAGCAAACAACAUGUGAUUCCAAUAAUAUGCAUCGUAUGGAGAAGCAUUACUUUUUGUUCUAUACAAAUGACACGCCAGGAAGUUUUUAUAGGGAAAGCAAUGCAUCCUAUAUUGAAAGUGUCCUUGGCAAGUUUGUAAGGCCAAUUGAAACAUCUACUAGAUACAUUUUUGUUGUUUUGUAUUCGAAAAACCCGGAUGUUGUAUUAAGCAUUUGUCGAGUUCAGAUACAAAAUGAUAUAUUUGUUUUAAAGGAAUAUUUCCGAAAUAAAAUUGCAUCAAGAGAAAUUCUGCAAGCCUGCGCAUCCUUAAAUUUAGCCGCUCCCACUUUUGGUGGCUUCCAUGCAUUGACUAUUUUAGAAAAGAGAGUUGGAAAUUUAAUUAUGGAUUUAUUUGCAUUUCGACACCAUUGGAUACACACACAUAACAAUUAACAUUAAUUAUACAAUCAGUUAGUACUAUUGGCGUUCAGCUAGUUGAAAGCGUUUUAAGUAUUGAUUCAAGACAAGAAUCAAACAGAAAAUCACUUUGGAUAAAUUAUGUUACUUAAGCAUAGUUACGGAUAGUACAACUACAAUAACUAUGUAUUACUAUUAUUAUUAUAAAAUUGAAAUUGAAAUUAUUACAUAUGUAAUCUCAUUUAGAAACUUAAUUGUGUAUAACUUGCAGACAUGAAUGUAUAGGAAAAUGCAUUAUCAUUUCAUUUGUAAUCAGUUGGAUUUUUUUUUGUUUUUCAAUACAAUACAAAAUCAUAUUCUUUUUAUAAUACAUUUGGUUUAUAUAUAUAUGUGUAUAUAUAUAUAUAUAUAUUCGAGAUUGGAAGUACAUGUAAAUGGUAAUGUAGAUUUACAAACUAUAUAAAUUGAUAUAUUUAAUGGCACCCACAGGA